AUGAAAGGGUCUCGGCAUCGAACUGCAGGUCAAAAUUAUUAUCCCUCAAUCAAAGCAAGGGCAUCGAACUUGCCACCAGCCUCAGACUCGGACGAGUCAGUUUCGGAGGCUUCAUGGAGAGCGGGAUCAGACACAGCAUUUCCUCGGCUUGGCCCCUGGUACGACUUUCUUGUCAAAGAGGGAUAUCACUGGGAAUCACACAGGUUAUUGAGUUUUAUAUUAACUCUUAUUUGUGACGAAUACGGCUCCUAUCCUCAGGAUGGAUCCUUUGAAUUAGCCUUCGGCCUUGAGAAAUUGCAAGACGCAGUCGAUAAGUUCUGUGAGCGCAAACCUAACAAGGGAAAAGACGAGCAGAUUCUCCUCACAAAUUUUGCAAAUGCAACAAUGCUCAUCGCUUUUCUAAACGUCCCUUCAAACGACAAAGUUCUUGCCGUCCAAGACCAGUUUCGGAAAAUAGCAAAAUCAAUAGCAGGCAAGAUCUUCACAGAUCAUUGGGAACUAAUCAAUAGUAGAAUAUACUUCGGGUGGUUAUUGGCAGAAUCCAAUCCGAGGUCGUUUCUCUUUGAUGAGCCACAAUUUAGAAGGACUCCUCCCUCAACAAGCGACCUUUGUCGAAAAAACGCGAAUGAGCAAUCAUCUGCGGACAAAACAAAGAAACAACCCGAAACACGAUCUGUUCCAGAUACUUUGGAAAGCAAGCUAAGACUGAUCGAAAGAAACGCCGCGGCACUUGGGGAUCUUUGCACUAGGUAUGACGCUUUUGUUAGGCUUGCAAACAUGUCUGAGGAUGACCAAAGAGCGGUCUACACAGCAAAGGAUUUAUCCUUGCUGUGCCAUGAAGAAAUGAAUGACACUAUUGGAUAUGCAUUUUGUCUGGAAAGUGAGACUCGCAUGCUUCAAAAAUCCUCCAACAACAUCCCAAAUUUGACAGAUAGGCGUCAAGACCUCUAUCUUCGUUUCAAAAAGUUUGAGGAAAUGUUUCCUUGUCACUUUGAUUACACCCCCUUCGAUAAAAGGCGACAUUACCGAAAUAUCACAUUUUUCGACGUACCCGCCGCAUGUGACGAAAAGAAGCGAGGCCUUUCACGGCUUCUCUUGGCCAUGGAUCUCCCUGUUGGAGCACAGUUUGCUUUGUCAAACAUGGACAGUAUUGGAGAACAUCUGCCGAAGAAGAACCCCAUAAAAGGCCACUUUGGUCGAUAUCGUUGUUCGGGAUGCGAAUAUUGUGACAAUACGAACCAUGAUGUAUACCACUUGUCCCGGCCUAGCCAUUAUAGUGCUGCUCCCUUGACUACUGGUACUAGUACUAAUACACGUAACCGACAGUGGGGUGAGGCGGGGCCCUAUUAUCAGCGUCCGCCACGAGCACCCAGGGCAUAUUCAGAGCCCGGAAACAUGAACAAUUCGGGAGAACGUUUGCCACUUCACAGGCAGCCUGAAAUAUCGUCUGAUGUCUGGGACAUUGACGAGAUGCUCCCUGAGAAGCUGCGAAUGAAGGACCAAAAAUCGGCCCGAAAGCCCGAAACUGCAAAGGAUACCACGACUGCCAAUGAGAGGUCUUCUGCAAGCCCGGAUACACCUCGAGUUCGGCGAGCCAGUCCAGUCACAUCUGCGGAACCUAGCAGGAUGCUUGAUGAGAAUGACAGGGCAUUCCUGGUUCCACAUGCUGCGUGCGAAAGCUUCACAGUAAUUUCCAGCCCUCCCCUUUGA